CACGCGAUCGGGGAGCCAGCGACCGGUCGAGAGCGAUCCAUUUUCGACCUUGCAGAACGAGUAGUAGCAUGUCUGGCCCUGUGAACAAGCUCGGAAAGCUCGUCGCCAAGAUCAACAGCAGCGGCGCGCCGGCCUUUCUCCGCGAAGGCGCGCUCAGCACGGCGUUCAACGCGCAGGUCAAGAUGGCCGGCGUCGCCGGUAUCCACGUCGAGACGCUCACCGAGCAGAAGAGCGUCGUGUCGCUCAAAAACACGUUCCGCGUCCAGAACCACAUUGGCGGCGUCCACGCGUGCGGCAUGGCGCUCCUCGCUGAGUCGGCGUCGGGCAUGGUCUUUGGCAUGAACGUGCGCGACUCGCACCUCCCGCUGCUUAAGUCCAUGUCGAUGAGCUACGUCAAGCGCGCCAAGGGCGACCUCAAGGCCAUUGCGACGCUCACGGAUGCCCAGCGCGAAGAAAUCGCCAAGUCCGACAAGGGCGAGGUGCUCGUGAACGUUGUUGUCACCGACUCGGCCGGCGACAGCCCCGUCGAGUGCGAAAUGCGCUGGGUCUGGGUGCCCAAGCGCAAGUAGAUAGUCCUCUUUUGACUUUAAAAUUCUACGUGUCUUGCGUGCGCC